GCGGCGCGGCGGCGGCCGGGGCCGGGUAACGGCGGCAGCAGCAGCAGCAGCGGGCUGUGCCCGCGUUCUCGGCAUUCCCGGCUCGCCCGGCAGCGCCUCCGCGGCGGCGGGGCUUGGGAGAGCGGCGAGCGGCUCGGCGCGGUGGCACCGUCCCGGGGAGAAACGUGAGAAGGUAUAGGUUGGUGUUAUGGGUGAUACAGAAGAAGCUAAAAUGCAGAUAGCACCAGAAACUCCCGGACGAGUCACGAUCCUGAAUCCUUUUGAAAGUCCCAGUGAUUAUUACACUCUUCAGGAGCAGAUUGUUUCCAGUCCUUCAGUCUUUAAGUCAACGAAAUCCUCAUCUACACCAGGAAAAUUCAGAUGGUCUAUUGAUCAGCUUGCUCUAAUAAAUCCUGUGGAAAUAGACUCAGAAGACAUUCGACGCCAGGGAAUGUAUUUGAGCCAUGCUAGAAUGGAUAAAGAGACAGAAGACAGAAGGCAAAAAGCUAUUGAGGAGUUUUUCACAAAAAAACUCAUAGUUCCUUCUCCUUGGACUGAACAUGAAGGCAAACAAGUUUCUCAGUUUAAUUCAACUAAAUCUAUAGAUAUAAAUAACAUUUCUCCAAUUGGAAGACAGCUGAGCUUGCAGGUUGGGAAAAGCAAUGCUGCUUGUCAGACAGUACUGUCUUUGCCAGUGGAUUUUAAUUUAGAGAAAAUACUAGGUGAAUAUUUUAGAGCUGAUGAAUUUGCAGAUCAGUCUCAGGAAAAUCUGAGCUCUUCAUCACUCAGAAGAAAGCUGUUCUUAGAAGAAAAUGGGAACGUAUCUGCAUGUUUGUCCCCUUCUUUGCAUAGCCCAUGUGGUAGUCAGCCACUUGGAGUGCUUUGUUCAAUAGAAUUAUCUCCAGUCCGGUGCAGAAGCCCUCUGGACACAUCUAGUUCAGGUCAGUUUUCAUCAAGUCCUAUUCAGGGAGGAACAAGAGCUUAUAGUCUGGGAAGUAUAACCAGUCCCCCAUUUUCAGAGAGGUCUCCUGUACCUAAUGGUUCUCCUGCUUUUUCACCAAUUGCAUUUCACAUAAGAAAAACACCACUCUCAGACCAAAGAAAAUUUACAUUUCGUUCUCCAGAUGUUCCUUCUUCCUCAAGUAGAAUGACACCCCCCAGUACAAGGAGUCCUUACAUAGAUGGUUGUUCUCCAAUUAAAAAUUACUCUCCUAUGAGACUUGGAGCCUGUAGAGGAACUGCCCAAUAUCAGACUUCUGUCAUUAGAAUACCAAUUGCAGUUGAGAAUCAUGAUGAGGAAGACAAGGAAAACACUUCUCCAGCAGAAGCUCGGUUCCCAGAAAUGGAUAAUGGAAUAAACGUACAUCAGGAAGACAGUGAUACUUUUGCACAUGGUACACAUCUCGUGGUGACAACUGUGUCUAUUGCACCAGAUCACUCAGAAGGUUGUCAUCAAAGGUUGUCAUCAUUUCAGGAUAUAGAAGGCUUAAAGGAAAAUAAUACUGUAGACAUGGCUGAUGCAGCUGAAGUGUCAGAGGAAAACACUUGGAUGAAAGAAACAAUUGGCAGUAGCAAUACACCAAUGACCAGCUUUAUGACAGGCAUUACUUUCAGUAUUGAAAGCUCUCGCAUGUGCAUGUCACCUCUUGCAGAAAGCAGCGCAAUUCCUUGUGAUAACAGUAGUAUUCAGGUGGACAGUGGUUACAAUACACAGACUUGUGGAAACAGCAUUAUGGAUACUGCAGGGGCUGAAAACAGUUGCAGAGAAAAUGAUGUGAACACUAUCGUGUUUCAGAAUAAAUCUCAGCUGCUUAGAACAAAGGAGUGCUCUGUUUUAAGCCAUAAGGACAAUCAAUUGCUGAGAACAAAAUCUCCAGAGAAGCAAUCCUGUUUUCAAAAAGCCAAAACACAUAGCACUGUAUUUGGUCAAAAUUCAACUUGCAACAUUUCUGCUUGGAAACUUAAAAAUGAAAAUCAAGUUCAGGGAUUUCACAAAAGUGUUCAGAGGUGCUAAAGAGAAUGCACAGAAGUGCUGACUUCUAUCAAACUCUCAAACCUUCCUUAAGGCUAUUAACAAGAAACUCUACCAUCAUUUCUUCACUUUGCAGAAAUGUUUAUUUUCACCCACAGGACAAAGGUGUAGAUAUACAUGAUUUUAAAAUUUGUUCUGCAUUCUUCGUCAUAAAAAAGUAGCUUUAAAAAAAAUUCUUUACAGAUAAUUAAAAUGUGUAUUUAAAAAGU